AUGUUCACCUGCGGAAUGGAACAACUGUUCCGUGAUGUUGAGUUACCUGUAAAAUUAUCUGAUAUAUCGUAUGGUAUCACACCAUUUGGCCAUAAUCGAAAUUCCAUCAAUGAUAUUGAUGAUGGUGGUAUUGCUGCCGCUGAUGCUAUUGAUGAUGGUGAUGAUAAUGAUGAUAUUGAUGGUAAUGCUAAUGAUAACCAUAGAAAGUAG